AUGACCGCGACACGACCGGACAUUGCCUUUGCUGUGAGUUACGUUUCGCGCUUCAUGGAAAACCUCCAAGUCGAGCACUGGAUGGCGGUCAAGCGCAUUUUGCGAUACUUACAAGGGACUAAGUCGGACGGCAUCUGUUUCAAGUCUGAUGACAAGAUAGACUUCUGCGGCUACUCGGAUGCAGACUGGGCCGGCGACCAUGCAGACCGCAAGUCGACUUCGGGAUAUGCGCUCAUCCUGAUGGGUGAUCCGGUGAGCUGGGGAAGCAAAAAGCAGUCAAGUGUGUCGCUGUCAACAAGUGAAGCUGAGUGCAUUGCAUUAAGUCUGGCUAUUCAAGAAGGCAAGUGGGUGCAUCGAUUGCUAUGCGAGAUUCUGGAUGCCGCAGAGGACAAGUCUGGACCCAAGCUCAAGAUCAUGGAAGACAACCAAUCGUGCAUCAAGAUGACGAAGAAUCCUGUGAACCAUGUUGAAAAGACAGCGGCUGUGAAGAAGACACCUCGUCAAGCUGCGUCAAGUGUUGAAGCAAGUGGAAGACCAAGCUUCGCUAUACCGGUGGGUACCGGUAUGUACCAGUAA